AUGUCAUUGCUUUGUGUUCUGGUGAAAAAAGCAAGAAUUGUAGGAAAUGAUGAAAAUUGUAAUUCAUAUGUUGUAUUAAAAAUUGAUAAUGUUAAAUCGACAACGAGUGUUGUUAAAGGAUUAAAUCCAGGUUGGGAACAAGAAUUUUAUUUUGAUGUCAAUGAUAUGGUGUUAGGUUUACAAGUUGAAUUAUGGGAUCGUGGAAAAUUUUGGGAUAAAUUAUUAGGAUUAUAUUAUGUUAAAUUAAAUGAAAUUGCAACAUCAUCACAGAAUGCAGAUGAACGUUGGAUUGUAUUAGAUGGCGAACUAGUAUUAUCUAAAAAUGGUCAAAUAACGGGAACAUGUAAUCCAACGGAACAUCGUCUACUAUUAAGAUUUUUUGUCGAGUUACCUGCAGAUCUUACUGAAGAAGAGUCAAAAGAUUUACAACAAAAACUUGAAUAUUUAAAUGAAAUAUUGGAUAAAGAGGAUUUCAUCUCUGUACGCGAUUGUACAAUGAAUUUGUUCUACUUUAGUUGA